AUGGGUGGCGUACCUUCAGUCCCCACCGAUCCCAACAGGACCCUGGAGGUCAUUGGGGCAGGUUACUCCCGCACUGGAACUUCGUCCAUGGCGAUUGCACUUGAAAGGCUUCUGGAUGGGCCCGUUUGCCACGGUGGCUCACAGAUGCUGGGAAGAGAGGAUAGCUAUGUCCAGAAGUGGAUCGAAGUCUACAAGCAACGUGAUGCGGGUAACCGCCCAGCGAUGAUGAGAGCCCUCCGUGAGGCGACAAGAGGAUUUGCAGGUGUCACUGAUGUCCCUGCUGUUGACUUUAUCGGCGAGCUGGUCGAGCUCUACCCCAAUGUCAAGGUUAUGGGAGUCAGACGAGACCCAGACGCCUGGUGGAAGAGCAUGGGCAACCUGAACAAGGUUGCUUCACCAUGGUGGCUCCCGUACUUCCUGGCGCCAAUGCCUACAUGGCGAUGGUUCCCGGCUUUUAUCGAGGGGAUCAGAGGGAGAGGAAAACUAGGCGCCAAAGUCUCCGGCAAUGUGGUGCCAGAUCUUAUAGCGCUCCACAACAAGACAGUGGAGAAGAAGACUCCACCCGGGCAAAUGUAUUGGAUGGAGAUCACUGAUGGAUGGGCACCGCUCUGUAAGAUGUUGAACAAGCCUGUGCCCAAGGAGCCUUUCCCCCGGGUCAACGACGCAGCAGCACUGAAUGAACUGAUCAAGGGAAUGAUGCUUGCGACGGCGGGUGUCUGGCUUAUCAUCACGGUCGUCAUUUUCAGUGCCAUAUACUUCGGGGCGCGUUCGGGGAUUUUGCUGCCGUCAAGCCUCAGUUCCUUAAUCGUGCUGUCCUAG